UGAGCACGGCGGAGCGAGUGCUCUCUUUCAGUUCUUGGAUUGCGGUUGAACGGGGGGGUGUAGCUGAUUGGUUUAGAGAUUGGAUCUGCGUCGGCCCUCACGGGACCUCACUAAGGGGCAGUCAUGCGUCUGAUAGGGUCCACUGUCUUUCUCUCUGUCCUGCUGCAGGUUAUGUCUGCCGAGACAGGGGACUGGCAGGCGGCCACGUCUAUUUACAACUUCUCAGCGACAGAUAUUGACGGCAAUGUGGUCUCCCUGGAGAAGUACAGGGGGGAAGUUGUCAUCAUCACCAACUUUGCCUCUAAAUGAGGCAAAACCCCAGUAAAUUACUCUCAGUUUACGCAGAUGUACACCACGUAUUCUGGGAGAGGUUUACGCAUCCUUGCCUUCCCUUCUAACCAGUUUGGGAACCAGGAGCCUGGCAGUGAUUCUCAGAUCAAACAGUUUGCUGCAUCUUACAACGCUAACUUUGACAUGUUCAGUAAGAUCGAUGUGAACGGAGACAGCGCUCACCCUCUGUGGAAGUGGUUGAAGAAUCAGCCAAAUGGGGGGGGCUUCAUGGGAAAUAGCAUCAAGUGGAAUUUCACCAAGUUUUUGAUCAAUAGAGAGGGGCAGGUGGUGAAGAGAUACGGACCCCUGGAUGAUCCAAGUGAGGUGGAGAAGGAUCUUCCCAAAUACCUUUAAACCCCUGAUGAAGGGCUGAUACCUCACUCACUGAUACUCCAUCCACUUUGUCUUUCUCUGACUCUCCAGCAUCAGUGAAUAUAGUUCGGAUCGACCCCAGACCAGUGACGGUCUGUUCACAAACCCGCUUGGCGGACAGAGCAGACCUGAUGAAAAAUGGUGUACAAACAUUCUGGGAGAAUUUCAAAGCUUAUAUUCAUAAUUUUGUCUGGAGAGAAGGAUAAAUCAUCCCGUAAUUUAUCAUAGUAAAGUCAUAUCUGACAUUGUUUUCAUAAUAAACUGCUCAAAAAUGUUGACCAAAUUA